GAGCAGCAACUUGCUGCAGGGAGCAGAAGCAGAAAUGGCAGUCGCUCUUUGGAAAAGUUUGCUGCAAACCACAAAGAGUAGACUGUUCCUGCAAAGGGGUGUGUCACUGUAUAACAGUGCCCAUGGCUUUGAGGAAGAAGAGAUAAAGAAAAAACUUCAGCAGUUUGGUGGUGGAUCCAUCAACCUUUCUAAGGAAGACAAUGGCAUUGGAGUCCUGACCUUGAACAACCCAAAGCUAAUGAAUGCAUUCACAGGCACUAUGAUGCUAGAACUCCAGGAGAGGGUAACUGAACUGGAAAAUUGGAAGGAUGGGAAAGGUCUUAUCAUCCAUGGUGCAGAAAACACUUUUUGCUCAGGAUCUGAUUUGAAUGCUGUCAGAGCAAUGUCCAGCCCACAGGCAAGUUUAUUAUUGUGCUCUGGGUAUAAAAAUCCUCUCUGUCUUUCUCUCUUGUGUAGGCUGCCUCUGAUUAGUGUUGCAUUAGUUCAAGGAAAAGCUCUGGGAGGUGGAGCAGAAUUUACCACAGCAUGUGAUUUCAGGUUAAUGACUCCAGGAAGUGAGAUUAGAUUUGUCCACAAGCAAAUGGGUUUAGUACCAGGCUGGGGUGGAGCUGCCAGGCUAGUACAAAUCGUUGGCAGUGGCGCUGCCCUGAUGCUGCUCAGUGGUGCUCUCAAAGUGGAUCCUGAGAGAGCAGUAUAUCUCGGGCUGGCUGAGGAAACUUUGCCGUCUUCAGAUGAAACCAGAUCUUUAGAAGAAGCCCAAGCAUGGCUAAAUCAAUAUACAAAGGGUCCGGGCGAAGUGAUUCAGGCUGUGAAAAAGGUGAUCACAGCAGGAAGAGAGCUACAGUUAGAAGCUGCUUUACGGGCAGAGAAGGACAUUUUCGGAACCGUUUGGGGCGGGCCUGCCAAUUUGCAUGCCGUUGCUCAAAGCACAAAAUACAAAUGAUGAACUGUCAAUGCAUAAGAAAAAUGUUUUUCAUCUUUUGCAAACAAAGCCUCUGCUAAAGCAGGCGUUUAUUUGAACCAUUUAAGAAUUUGUUCAUUUAAACUGGCAUUAACAUUCCUAGCUUGCAUAUCAUGGAACCAUAUUUGGUGUGCUACUAUAGUGAGAAGUCCCCAGUGGAUCCUUUGCUGGUCUAAUCACAGGUAGAAUGGAGAUCAGUGAAAUUAAAGGUAAAUUCGGUGUUGGGAAUUGAACUGUUACCCUCUCAGAAUGGGGUUGAAGACUAUAUUCUUGUUUUGUUUUGAAUUAUUCGCUUGUGAAGGUGCUAGGUUGACUGCACUAGAAAUAGAGCCUAUUCAUCAACCGAACAAGUGCAUCCCAGGCAGGAAAGUAUACUUCCCCCCAACUUGCCGCCAGUGUGCCUCAAGGCAGUUUUGGUGGGACCACCACUAAGGUGACAGGGACGUUUAUUUUCCAUCUUCAAUCAAUUCUUGGCCUCUCUGCUGAGAAUGCAAACCAGGACGCUAAUUGUGGUGAUGUUUUUUAGAGGUGAAGGACUCCACUAGCACCAAUAACUUCAAAUAAGACAGCAAUUUUUGCUUUCCGUUGGCAUUCUUUGAAAUUCCAGCAUUUGCUUUUGGGAAUUGUUUGUUAACUUGCCCCUGUUCAUAACUUUUUUGUGAUUAUUUUUGCAUUAAUUUUC